ACCAAAUGAAGUCUUCAGCCCCUUGGCUUGAACAUCAGGAAAUGAUUAUAUUAUGACAAGCAUCAAAUGACAAGCAUCCUGAAUGGGUAAUAUCAGAGAGAGAUGAUUUUGGAAUAGGAAGACCACAAGCGCUUGUACGAACAAGCAGUCUGCUUAUUGCUGAUCUUCUGUUUUUUCCUGCUAUUACCAUGGAGAAUUCAACUAAAAUACUGUUUGUUCUACAAGGACUGAAUGAGUUUAAGUCAAGCAAGCAGGCUUACUUUGCUGUUAUUCAUAUUGUUUAUCUUUUUACAAUUUUAGUAAACCUGACUUUGAUUGUGACAAUUAUUUUGGAGAAAACGCUCCAUGAGCCCAUGCUUAUAUUUCUCUGUAACUUGUGUGUAAACGGGCUAUGGGGUGCCUCUGCAUUUUAUCCUAAAAUAUUGGUGGACCUUUCAUCUGACUUGAGUGUCACUUCGUAUGAAGCUUGUCUGGGCCAAAUUUUUGUAUUGUACAGCUACAUUCCCUGUGAAUUUACUACAUUAACAGUGAUGGCUUAUGACAGGUAUGUCGCCAUAUGCAAGCCACUCAAUUACCACUCCAUCGUCACACCUCAAAAGGUUGUGAAAUUACUGCUUUUUACCUGGCUUUUAUCCAUCUGUAUAUCAGCUUUUGCGGUGGUCCUGAUAGCCAGAUUACCUCUCUGUGGAUUCAAAAUUGAAAAGAUAUAUUGCACCAUUUGGGUAGUGGUGAAGCUGUCAUGCGUGGACACCACAAUCAACAACGUAUACGGGUACUUUUUCUCGGUUUUUCACCUUUUACAGGUAGUGCUGAUCAUGAUUUCUUAUAUUAAUAUUGUGAAAGCCGCUGUGCGAUCGCAGGAAGAACGGAAUAAGUUCAUGCAGACCUGUUUUCCCCAUUUAGUCGCAUUGAUCAGCUUCACAGUCUCAUUCCUAUUUGACAUCAUGUACGCUCGCUAUGGUCCCACCGACCGUCUGCACGCUCUCCGCACUUUCAUGUCCGUGGAGUACCUCAUUGUUCCACCAAUCCUGAAUCCCCUCAUCUAUGGUCUGAAACUGAACCAGAUCCGCCAGAGAAUCUUCAGGAUUUGCAGCCGGAAAAGACAUUCUUUAAAGUGAAUGUUUGUUCUUUGAAAAGCAAUAUCCCACCUUCAUAUGUUUUCUUAAAAGUGACAACAGCACUAAAAUUAUUUCUGAACAGCAGAACAAUAGGAUUGUAAGACGCAGCACAGAUGUAGAUAUUCUUCUAUAUACUUCUAUAGGUAUAUUGAAGUAAUUUAAGCCUAUCUCGGUCUAGUGGCCUUGUUUGGUGUACAUUAUUCUUUACCUUUACGCAAAACUUUGCGGGCCAUGGGUUGUGUUGGCCUUAUGUAUGAAAACGUCCUUACGGUGUAUUUGGAGUUGGGAAAACCCAGACAGAUGCAAACCGGAAUGGGUCUCUUUUUCCCCUGUGUUGAGGCUGCUGUUCAUAUCCACGCAAAA